GUGGGGGUCGUGCCCCAGAAUCUCAGGGUCUCCUGCAGGCAGCCCCGGGGCAGCGGAACUUGUCUGGCUCCCAGACCGCAGCCCCGGAGGGGAGGGGGAAGCAGCGAGAUGUUCGCAGAGGUCUGCGCCCAGAGAGGCGGGGGUCUGGGUUUGAAGCCCAGCCUGGCAGCCGUUUUGCUGUUUGCUGCUCCAUAAAAUGACCGAGUCGGGCUAAGAGAUCUCCAAGUUCGCUCCCAGCUUUCUCCCGUAGAUCGCCCUCGGCCAAAGCUUCCCUCCUGCCUCUGUGGACCCUGGGGUCAGGGGGGGCCGCAGCAAAUUUUUAACUAGAACCAUUGAUUAUUAACAAGAGGAGAAAGCCCAGGCUUGCCUCCUGGGCAAGGGCAGAGAGCGGCCAAGUCUGCUUCCGAGGGAUUAUGCUGGCACCCCGAGUCUGGUCCUCUGUGAGGCUGGGGGCAAGGGGGCUGGGCGGAUGCCUGGCGCGGGGCCUGACGGGCUGGGCCUCCGCAGAGGGCAGGAAGGUGGACAUCGGGGGCAUCUACCCUCCGGUGACCACCCCCUUCACGGCCACCGCGGAGGUGGACUAUGGGAAGCUGGAGGAGAACCUGUACAAACUUGGCACCAUCCCCUUCAGAGGCUUUGUGGUGCAGGGGUCCAAUGGUGAGUUCCCCUUCCUGACAAGCAUUGAGCGGCUGGAGGUGGUGAGCCGAAUUCGACAGGUGAUGCCCAAGGACAAGCUCUUACUAGCUGGCUCAGGCUGCGAGUCCACUCAAGCCACCGUAGAGAUGACUGUCAGCAUGGCCCAGGUUGGAGCUGAUGCUGCUCUGGUGGUAACCCCGUGCUACUACCGAGGCAGGAUGACCAGUGCAGCCCUGAUCCACCACUACACCAAGGUGGCUGAUCUGUCCCCCAUCCCGAUAGUGCUGUAUAAUGUCCCAGCCAACACAGGACUAGAUCUGCCUGUGGAGGCUGUGGUCACCUUAUCUCAGCACCCGAACAUCGUGGGCAUUAAGGAGAGCGGAGGAGAUGUCACGCGAAUGGGCUUGAUCAUUCACAAAACCAAGAAGCAGGAUUUUCAGGUGUUGGCAGGAUCUGCUGGCUUCCUGUUAGCCAGUUAUGCUAUAGGAGCCGUCGGGGGUAUUUGUGCUUUGGCCAAUGUCUUGGGAGCGCAAGUGUGUCAGCUGGAGCGGCUCUGCCUCACUGGGCAAUGGGAAGAUGCCCAGAUUUUGCAGCAUCGCCUCAUUGAACCCAACGCUGCGGUCACCCGACGCUUUGGGAUCCCGGGCCUGAAGAAAACCAUGGACUGGUUUGGCUACUAUGGAGGGCCUUGUCGUGCCCCACUGCGGGAACUGAGCCCUGAGGAGGAGGAGAACCUGCGCUUGGAUUUCACCUCCAAUGGCUGGCUGUGAUGGCCAGGUCUCUAGCUGGCCUCUACCUCCUACACCCAUAGCUUUAAGGAUCCGGUGGAGGUCAGGGGGAGAUCCGGCACUGUUACCCUGUGCCCAUUCUUUCCCAUCCAACCUCAGUUUUCCCAGCUGUAAUAUGGGGACAGAAAUCACCUACCUCACAGGGGUGUUGUGAGGGUCAGAUAUUACAAAAAGCAGCUUCACAAAUUUUGAAA